AUAUUUUAUUUGAAAUACUAGUCAAGAUACAAGAUACUUUUUUUAGUGAAAAACCGGGAAACUUGCAUAUUUGGUAGUAUUAAAACUUGGAAUUAUGAAGAUUUAAAAACCUCGGACGCAAGGUUCUGUUAUAUAACGUCGUAAUAUUUAUUUAUCCACAGUAAAUAAACCCUCGCACGUGGUCAAAUUUUGUAAUUUGCAUUAUAUUCCUAAUUUGUACCACCAUUAGAGCAAUUAUUCCUAAUUUCAACUGAAUAUACUGUAUCUUGGCCAACCCUGGAAACUAGCAAGUAAAAGACUGUAUACUUUCUCCAGCCUAGUGAACAAACAAAUCAUUCCGAUUUCAUUUUGUACAAUUUUUGAUUUGAAAUCUAAAAAGGAAUACGGAUCAUAAACAUAAUCACCAACCGUCUUCUCCCCCAGGAAUAAUAAUGUUGACCCACACCAGUAGCACGAAACUACCCAAGAAAACGACCAACAAAUCCGGCCAUAAAGCCAAACUUGGUACUGGACCUGUCCCCACCGGUGACACUGGCCAACCCGCCUCCUCCCUCUACUAUUGCGGCCUCCCCCUCAAUCCAUGUCGAUGUGGCGGCUGCCCCACCAAAUUCUGCGGCCCCACGGAUGGCUGUCCUUGUUCCGACUGUGUCGCCAUACUCGGCUGGAAGGUUAACUCGUCCGGUGACCUGGCCAAACCUGGGGGAGCCCUGGGCGAUGGAGGUGACACCACGAUGCCGCCAGAAAAUCUAUUCUACUGUGGAAAAUGGAAGAUGCAAUGUCGCUGUGGGACCUGUGACGGUCAAUGUGGACCCUUAAGCGGGUGUCCGUGUCACUCCUGCAUAGGCCUCGUCGGUCUUCGGGUGAAUCGGGAUGGCGCCCUGUGUCGCAAAGGGGUCGGACAAGGCGUCGGCGUCGUAGGGAUGAAAUGGUGCGAUCUAUAUUAUUGCGGCAAGAGGAAGAUGGAGUGUCGAUGUGGCGGCGAGUGUGGCGAACGGUGUGGUGGAAUUGGUCAGGGGGGAAGUGGGUGCCCCUGUGCGUCCUGUCUCGACCUAGUCACCCAUCCGGGGGGUGUGACGAAGGGGAAAUUCUUUGAAGAAGAGGAAGCCAUGGCGUCAACUUCGACAGAGUUUGCGAAUAAGUUGAACAUUUCGGAGUGUGAGGGUGCAAAUGAGGUGACGACGACAACGACGAGUGAGCUUCCCACGGCGCCGGAAGAAGGAGGAGAAGAAGAAGGCGGGGCGGCGGGCGGGGUCGGGGAGGAAUGUGUCAUUUGUCUCGAGCGGAAAAAACAGUACUUGUUGCUGCCAUGUGGACAUUAUUCGUAUUGUGCGAAAUGCGUCGGGACCGUGAAGGUGUGUGCGAUUUGCAGAUCUCAGAUUACUACGAAGGUCAAAGUUUAUGAGACGUGAGGGUCAAGGGAUGAGUUUUAAAAUGAACUGAGAAUUAAAGCGUGCUUAUUGUUGGGUUCUUAUUAAAUAUUUAGAAAACCAAAUGAUCAAUCAAUGCCAUUUAUAACGAAAGGGUACAAAAUUAUGAUAAGUUUAAUAAUAAUAAACUGGAGUCAUUCUUUAUGUAUGUGAAUAUUUAAAUGCAAUGAAUUUUAUCUAAUUUACUAAAUAAUUUGUGAUGAUUUGUUAACUCUUGAUACAAAUUUUUAACAUUAAUUCGUCUAUUCGAUGUGUAAUAAAAAGUUACGAAUUUUGAAAAUUA